CAACUUCCGCCCGAGCAUUCUUGGACCGGCCCACGAUUCCAAUUGCGCGCUAUCGGACUUCAAUGUCGUGUUGAACUCUUGCGCUCUUUGGGACGUCAGACGAGUCGGCUAGCUCCGACCUGCAUCACACAUCUUCAACGCUGCGGCAACAUCGCAACCGCCUGACCAACGUCGAUCCACUCGCGCAGCGGCUCACCCGAGCCGGCGCGCUCCUCGACUCGUCGCAAUGUUGCGCCCAGCUACGCCUCUAGCGAUAUUGCUCUUUGCGGCAUUCGCCCUUCUCCUCCUGGCCACAAUCUCAACACCUAUAAUCAAGGAUAUCCCACUUGGCGAACAUGGCGGCUUCAAAUUUGGUGUCUUUGGGUAUUGCACGAGAACUCGGUGCAGCCCGUUUGAGAUAGGCUAUGAUCCUGGUUACACUAAUUCUGCCACUGAUGAUUUCAACAUCGACACGAAAACCAGGACCGUCCUCUCGGCCAUUCUUAUCGUUCAUCCCGUGGCCGCUCUGCUAGUGUUGAUCAUGUUCGGUAUGGCUGUGGCUGCUCACUUCCAUGCCGCUUCACAUUCCUCACGCUAUCUACUGGUGGUGUUCAUCCUGGCCAUCAUCACAUUCUUGGUCUGCCUCCUGUGCUUUCUUGUGGACGUGCUCAUCUUUGUCCCUCACAUGGCGUGGGGCUCAUACAUCGUACUCGCCGCGACAAUUCUUGUAUUCUUGAGUUUCAUCGUGUCCUGCGCCAUGCGGCGCACUUUGGUCAGCAGGAAGGCCAGGAAGAAGCGCAUUGCCGAGAACGCCGAGAUGAGUGGUGAGAAUUAUUACAACCGCGAGGCGCAGUUGGCGGCCACAGCUGCCGCUUCUACCACCGUGCAGCCAACUGUACCGAGCGUCAUGAGUGGCGCGAACAACGACAAACUACCCACAUUUGCCUCAUAUGAAAGCAGAAACGACCAGAGCAGCGAUGAGCGCAUCCCCUUGACGGCAACGUCACCAGGUGCCAGAUCAGCAGGCAAUGCUGCAUCUGACCAGGGGCAGGCACCCACCCUUUACAGCAAACCUUCGCAGACCAGCUCGACACGCUCGCUUCCAAGGGACCAAUAUGGAAACCCCAUCGGUCAACCUCAGGACGCUUAUGGCGUUCGCCGUGGUCCAUCCCAAGAACGGAUGCGUGGCCGCGGGGGAGCUCCGGGAAGCUUUCGUGGUCGUGGUGGCUAUGAUCGAGGCGGAUAUGGCCCGCGCCGCGGUGGCUAUGGUCCACCCGGAAGAGGCGGCUAUGGUCCACCAGGACAGGGACCUUAUGGCCGGGGCGGUGCUGUUGGACCACGUGGAGGAUAUAGCAACGGAGGGCCGCGAGGUGGUCGGCAGACACCCACGGGCUACAAUGACCCUGGGCCGAACGAUCGCAGACCGUCUCCGGCAAAUGCCUAUGACAACUAUGGCCAACCUCAAGGGCCAUAUCCACCACAAGGCGCUGCCUACGGCAACCCGCAAAUGGGCGAAAUGCCGUCAGCAGAGCAGGACCUGCCGCGCGCCGAGUCGCCACCACCAUUGCCGAUGGGCAACCAGGAGCCAUACGCCGUUGGGCAAGCGAUUGAGAUGGACGCAGCGACGGGAAGCCCUGCGCACCCGCCGCAAGGCUUUGGUCAAUUUAACAGCCAGCUGCGCGACAGCGAUGCGGAUGUUGCUGGUAUGCUUGCUCUGCAACAAGGUCGCAUUGCUCCACCCUACCGACACGAUACUAUGAUGACAGAGGCAAGCAUGUAUAGCCAGGAUGAUAGCCAAUACGUACCGCCACGCCAGGGCUGGAACCAGGGUCAAAACAGAGCUUCUCCAGGCAUCCCCUCCCCCCUCGCCAUUCCCCAACGGAUACAGGAAUCGCCUAUACCGGCAGGACCACCAGGAGCACAUCCUGCUGCCAGCGAUUACUAUGAGGAUGUCGAUCCGCGAUUCGCACAGCCGCCAAGCUUGAACCGCAACGAUGAAAACAUUUCGACAGAUGACUUACAUAGUGCCCCGGGCUCAAGAAGCCCAGCCAUCUCGGAGCGGUCGGGCUUCACAUCAGUAUCACAGCGCCCUGUCAAUCCACGAUGGAACCCCGGUCCUGGACCAGGUCAAGGUUACGGGCAAAUGCCGCAAAGGAGACCCGUCAAUCGUGGGCCUGAUCUACUUGCCAACAACCCCGAUUUCCAGCUACCUGGCCCUGGUCGCGGUGUUAUUCCUAGAGCGGGGGCCGGUGGUGCUUACCCAGCCAUAUAAUCACAUGGCUAAGCACGGCGGCACGCGCUCGCCAUGGGCUGCAGAAUAUGUUGCAACGGAUCAAGUCGCCGACCAUCUCCUCGGCCGAUGCAGCACACAAAGCAGUCACUUUUCAUCCUAAUGAUUCAAUCAAUGCAUACGUGGGGUUACAAAGUUAGGAGCUGCAUGCUCUACGCGUCAUUUUUCACGAGCACGAGCAGCAUUAUCCUAUGGGGUUUAUUCGUCAACAAUCCAGCAUGGAGAACUCUGGUCAUGUUGCUUAGCGACGACGCCAACUGCCGUCCCGCUUCCAUUCUCAUACUCAGUUGCCUCGAUUUGCAUUUUGCCACGCAAGGGAACUGCAGUCAAUGUCACUUGAUUGCAUAGCACACGUGUGGACG